AUCCUAAUGAAAAUGUGUAGUUCAAAUCUAAUAUUUUAUUGGAUAGUUGUAAAAUUAGUUUUUGCUGAAAGUUAAUUUGAUGAAAUAGUAGAUUAAAAAUAAUGCAUUGAGAAUUAAAAGUGUGAGUGGGAUUAUUGGUAGCCAUCAAAAUGUUAGAAUAUUUGUUGUUAAUUAUUAAAUGAAACAAUUUGUAAAAAUGCAAAUUGUAAAUGGUUUGCAAAUUCUUCGUCUUGUUUCAUUAAAAAAUGCACAGAGGAAUUAAGUAAUGAUAAAUGUUUGAAGAUUGUAUACAAUUUAAUUAAUUAGGUGGCAUGUACUUGGUAAAAUGGUUAGUGUUGGGAUUCAUCUUGUAUAUAAUUAUAAGCAAAAGAAACCGGAAAAUGUCCUGCCGCAUAUUGUAUUUGGGAUCUUAAAAGAAAACUUUGUUAUAAGAAAAAUGUUCAGACACCAUUAUUAAUAUGA